AUGAGAACUUUGAUUAUCUUGGUGUUUCUCGCUGGCGUUUUUCAUACAAAAUUUCAAGUGCUGGCAGUGAGGGCAAAACUUUAUCAAACGCCCAACAAUGUUACAUAUUUUAUUAAUCAGGAUUAUACAUACACCUGGUUUGAGGCUCUCAUAGAAUGUAGCAGCCGAAAUAUGUCCCUGCUGACCCUGGAAGAGGAUGUCGAGUUGCUGGAUAUUUAUCAAAUUGCGAUCAAAAAUAAUUUUGCCAAAAAGCCACCUCAUCUCUGGACAGGAGGUGUCGGCUCAAAUCGCAAAUUUAUUUGGUUUUCAACGGGCACCCCAGUUGCCACUCGCACCUGGGGCAUUGGCAAUCCAGAUAAUUCAGGAAAUGUGGAAAAUUGUGUUCAAAUCUUCGAGAAUACAAAUAAACUGAAUGACAUCAAGUGCUUCGAGAAAAUGGGAUUUGUUUGUGAGAAAAAGCCAGGUAAUGACGAGGAAAAACCUUUGGCGGAUUUUGGAAAGUUCGGGGAUUGGUGUUUAAUUUUAAUCAAGGAAAAUAAUGAAUAA